AUGUCUUCAUCCAAAGUUGUCUCGAUUCGCAAUGGUAAACGUACACCCGAGAUAUCAGAGCUCAAGAGUUGUGGAACGCCCGCAUCAAAGAUUACAAUUACAGUAGACUUAUCGCACCUGCAUGAAGAUACCGCAUACAAGUCAACAACACUUAAACGUUCUGAACGUACUCCCCAAAGAGACCCUUCUGAUCUCUCGAUACGAAUUCUGCACACAGCUCGUAAUCGCUUUUUCAGACGAGUUUACCAAGUUGAUUAUACUUCCACGAUCUCUCAAUCGCUCGUCAUGGGUCAAAGUGUGAAUAUUUCUCGAAGUGUCGAGCAACUUUUCAGAACCAAGACGGAUGGUUGUAAACUUUGCAGCAGCUCCGCGAAUGCUGAUAUCAACAAAGUCUACGAACUUUGGUGCAACAAAGUAACAGUAAUCUACGAAAGUACGAAUGGCCUGGUGAGCUGUGAUGACGCCCUACACAUUCAAGCUGCGCCGCCGUCCCUUAUCAUGGUGAAGUCAACUAAUAACGAAGCCGAUAUCACAUCUUUGAAGAGGUUUCCAGGGAAAUAUCGCGAGGCAUUGGCUGAGAUCCAGAACUCCGGAGCAUGGAAAUUGUAUUGCGAGGGAUGUGAAGCCGAAGGACAUGCUAUAUUACACUCGGAUGUGGUCAUACCUCCAUCCUUGGCUGAUACUUUCAACAAGCUAUCGCCUAUCGUUUGGAGGCGGGAUACUACUUAG